AUGGCCUCCUCUGCCGCCCAUGUCCCGGGCCCCAAUCCCCAGGCCAUCGCGCGCUACUCGGCCAUAAUCGUACCGCUGAUAAUAACGGCCAUCGUGGGCUGGGCCUCCUACGUAACCAUCGUGCAAGUCGCUGUCUACCGGCUGCUGCAGCGCUACCACCAGCGCGCCGCCGCCAUUGCUGUCAUUGUGCUUUACUCGGUCUCUCUCUUCAUGGCCGCCCUCUGUUACCUCCGCCUGCUGCAGACCGUCUGGACCAAUCCCGCCUACCUUCCGCUGGGCCGGACCAAGGCCGACGAGCGCAGGCGCAAGAGUAGAGGCCGGAUACGACGCAAGCUGAGGGGGAAGCAUGAGCGCGAGGCGGAAGAGGGCGGCCAUUUGGAUGGCGGCAGCGAUGUCACUGCCAACGAUCCGGACCUGGGCUGGGGGCUUGAGCAGCAUGCCGAGAAGAUACGUAAUCUGGAGGCCUUCCGACCCAAGGAGGUUUUCGUCUGCGACUAUGAAGGCAUGCCGAUCUGGUGUGAAAAGUGCGCGUGCUGGAAGCCAGAUCGUGCCCAUCAUAGCAGCGAUGUGGGUAGAUGUGUGAGAAGGCUAGAUCAUUUCUGUCCAUGGGUCGGAGGCGUUGUGUCGGAGACAACGAUGAAGUUCUUCAUUCAAUUCACUUUCUACGCUGCUUUUCUGGCCGUGUUUGUCCUGGUCACGGAUGCGGCCGUUUUGGCAAAAGAUAGGCAUAAUGACUACGGCACAAAUGCUCAAUUAGCCGUCCUUCUUGGCUUCAGCGGCCUCUUCACGCUGUUCAGCACCGGCAUCUUUGGCAAUACCCUGCACAUGGCGCUCUCCAACCUCACCAGCAUCGAGGCCAUCAACAAAGGCAACAACACCUAUCAUCUCUCCGUGCUAGUGACGCCAGUCUGGUACCGCGGCGACACGAAUGAAUACCCUUUCCGCACGACCAGCUACCCCGGCGCUCCAGGCGCGACUUACGCCAUUCUGUUCACGCAUCCCGGUGACAACCCGUGGGACGUGGGCUGGUUUGGCAAUCUGAAGAGCGUCUUGGGGGAGAGCGUGCUGGAUUGGUGGGUGCCAUUGAGAUAUGGGCCUUGUACGACGCAUGACAGUUUGGAGAGCGAUUUUCCUAUGGGCAAGGCAGUAGAUGACUUGAAAAAAGAGGCGGCCGGCUUUUGA